CUACAAAGGUGACAACUUUUUUAUUUUUGUGAUAUUUUCAAGAUUUUUUUUUUAUUGAUUUAUUUUUUUUGGUUUCUUGAUGGGGUUUAGGUGAUACAACUUGUUUCAGUUUGAUGCGGUUAAAUAUUUGUUUUCUUGAUUUUUUUUUUUUUUUGGGUCUUAAAAUAUGCAGUUCCAAUUCCUUGUAUAGCCAUGUUUGUGUUUUUACUUUACCGUUGAUUAGAUCUUUCUUGAUGUUAUGCAUGUGACCCUGUUUCUGUUUUGCUGCAUUGAUCUUUAGUUAUGCUUAUUCUUGUUUUUCAGCAAGAAAUAGGUCUAAUUCUGGCGGUUUUAGGCCCCUUUUGGAUAAUCAUGAUUUGAAAUCAAAUUGAUUUGAAGUUAAAGUUUUGUUUGCAAUUUGGAUUUCUUUAAGUUUUUUUUUCUCUCAUAAACAUGAAAACCCCAUAUGUUGUAAAACUAUCAAAUUUUUGCAAAUUCUUAUACAAUCUUACUAAAUGGGCAAACCACUCAACGUGUUAAAAUUAUAAAGAUCCAUUCGUCAACAAUAGUAGUUACUAGAAAAUCACAUGUUCGAACAUUGAUUUAAAAUCAUAAUUCCAAAUUGCAUGUCCAAACGCCUACUUAGAUCUUUGGUUCUUUUAUGUUCUGUAUCCCCCAUUCGUCUGUAACCCCAUUAGAAAGAGGGUAGGGGGUGGGUAGGAACUAAUCAAAUUGUUGGAUUUAGAAUGGUGGUGUUUUAGUUGUACUAGUUUGAUGAUUGAUCUUCUUUCUAAGGGGGUAAGAGAGGCACUUUUUCCUUCCAAUAUUGGGCAAACAAUUUGUAAUGUAUAGAAGAAAAAACUUAUCUUGUCCAGUGAUGUAGCUUUUUGCAGUUUCUUCUUUGUGUUUAUGUAAUUACUCUCCAUUCAGAAGAUUGAAUUACAUAUUCCGCUUAUCAAAUUGUUACAUGCCGAGUUGUAUGUUUAUCAGGCUAGUAGUUCAUGAUCUUUAGAAAGUCAAGAUGCAGUAAUGAGUUUACUAAUAGCACAUAAGACAAUUGGCUUCAAGGACAAUCAGAAAUUUGGUUGUCAUUCACCAAAAACUUACUUGUUUGGUUGAAAUAGAUUGAUUGGCUAUAAGAAUCUUCAUUCUCUACUUGUGUUAUAUGGUUUCCUUGAUGUCGAGUGACUAAGCAACUUCAUAGAUCUGCUGUGAAACAAGGUUACUGAAAUUGCUAACCGAUGAAGGCUUUGAUAAUUGAAUUUGAAAAGAAAAAUGGGGGACAAGCCUGAAGGAACUGACAAAGGACUGUUUUCUAGUCUUGCUGGAUUUGCCAUGGGCCAGCACCACGGAGGAGGCUAUGGGGGAUAUCCACCUCACGGACAUGGAUAUCCACCACAAGGAUAUGGAUAUCCACCACAAGGGUACCCGCCUUCUGCCUAUCCUCCUCACGGUGGAUACCCACCAGCAGGAUAUCCACCUCCUCCAGGUGCAUACCCCCCACCUGCAUAUCCUCCACCUGGUGGAUAUCCUCCUGCAGGUUAUCCUCCCGCUUACUAUCCGAGUCCAUCAGCUUCACAUCAUGGGCAUGGACCUCCUAUAGGGGGGAUGCUAGCUGGUGGUGCAGCAGCAGCAGCUCUUGCAUAUGGGGCUCACCAUCUCGCGCAUGGUCAUCACAGUCGUCCUUUUGGCUAUAUGGGCCAUCAUGGCAAGUUUAAGCAUGGAAAAUUCAAGCACGGGAAGUUUGGCAAACAUGGCAUGUUUGGCAAACACAAGAGAUGGAAGUAAUUCAUUGCCCAGAGUUACAGGAUUGCUGCUAUUAUUUCUUUGCUUGUUACUUUUCUGUUAGACGAUAAAUUUCUGGUGCGUUUUGUCUGUCUAUUCACUGACAAUCCGUGCUAUCAACACUAUCGAUAUGUUUUGUGUAUAUAUAGUGUUUUCAUUUAAAGUUGACGAUUAGUUUCUGAA